AUACCGCCUGAAGCUCCUGGAGGAAAGGCGGCAUAUAAGGAAAAAAGGGCCGAAGUCGCUCCCCGGUUGAAAAAACGAGUGCACGUGGACUGCAGCCGCUGGAAGGAGCAGGCUGGCGCCUCAGCCAAUGAGGAGCCAGCUGAGGAGCCUGGCCCCGCCCCUUCGCAGCAGCAAAGCUCAGUCCCAGGGGCGGGCCAAGGGACAGAGCCAAGACGGUCUCUGCGCCUGCGCACUUGACCGAGCCUACCCACGCCCUCUCUCCACCCUCGGCCACACACAAGAUGGCGGCGCGGAGGUCCUUUCCAGUCUCUUUGGCGCUCUUCACCAGGCCGCCAUGCUGGUGAGGGCGAGCGCGGCGCUGCGGCGGGGCCUCCCGCGGAACUUGCACUUCGGCGGCGGCGGCGGAGACAAAAGGGCGACCGGCGAUUGCUUCCCGUUGAGUCACCGCGCGCUCCUUCGCCUCCAAGGCCCGGAGACGCUCCCCUUCCUCCAAGGACUACUGACCAAUGACUUGACGCGCUUAGCGGAGGUGGGCGGAGCCGCGCCGCGCGCGCUUUACGCACACGCCCUCAGCGUCCAGGGGAGGUGCCUCUAUGACGUCAUCGUGUACAGGGUUCAUGAAAACAGGCAAGAAGAGUGCCACGUCCUGUUGGAAUGCGAUGCGACCCUUUUGGACUCCUUUCAAAAACAUCUGAAGCUCUAUAAGAUCCGCAGGAAAUUAAACAUCGCUCCCUGCCCUGACCUCUGUUUGUGGGCUAUCAUUCCAAAGGAACCGUCAAAGGAUGUCCCUGCGCAAAAUGCUGGCAAAGCAGUGGUUCUAACCCCAGAUCCCAGAGUGAACAUUAUGGGUUGGAGACUGAUCACUGGCAAAGACACAGACCCUCUCGAGAUCAUCCCGGGAAGCCAGAUUGGAGAUCCAAAGGAUUACCACAGGCACAGGUAUCGACAAGGUAUACCUGAAGGCGUGAAAGAUCUGCCUUCUGGAACAGCUCUUCCUUUGGAGUCCAACCUGGUUUAUCUCAACGGUGUAAGUUUCACCAAAGGCUGUUAUAUCGGUCAGGAGUUGACGGCAAGGACUCAUCACAUGGGCGUCAUCCGGAAACGCCUCCUGCCCAUACAGCUUUCGCCGCCUGUGCCUUUCGAGACCCUCGCUGAAGGCACUGAAAUUGUGACCCAGUUAGGAAAGUCGGCUGGAAAAUUUCGGGCAGGGGAAGACGAGUUUGGAAUUGCGUUGCUGCGAUUGGCUACUGUAAAGGAGCCGUUGCGGCUGAAACUAGCCAGCGAUUCGCAAGUGACAGUCACUGCUUCUGUUCCCAAAUGGUGGCCCCAACCUGCCAAUAAAUAGGCACGAUCUUCUGUGGAACAAAAUUUGCAUCAUUUAUACCUGCUGGGCUUGACGUUUGUUUUCAGGUGCUUCUUUUCACAACUUGUGCAAAAUUAAUAGCUUUUAAAGGAAUAAUGGUUGGUGACAAUGUCAACUUUCACACCGAUGGAAGACUGUGAAAGUUCAGUUCCCUA